AUGGCAUGGCAACCCGACCCAGCACCAUUGAGGCAACUCUCUGGGUUUCUGAAGGACUCUUUAAGUGGGCACAAUAAGACGGCGCAAAAGCAUGCUGAGGAAAUGCUCCACGAAGCCAAGAAAUCACCAGACAUCAAUAAUUACCUCACAUACCUUUUCUCGAGUUCUCAAGUUCCACCAGAAUUGAGUUACAGCCCCGAGGAGUACCAUGCUGUCAGGUCUGCGGCGGCUGUGAUGCUGAAGAACAACAUCAGAACAGGUUACAAGACGAUCCCACCAGCCAGCCUUGCUCUUGUCCGAUCAUCCGUACCACUCGCAUUACAAGACAAAAAUGCUUCGAUACGCAGCUACGCGGGCAAUGUUAUUACAGAAAUUGUCAGUCGGGGUGGGAUUCUUGGCUGGCCGGAAAUAUUGCCCCAGUUACUGGCAUUUGUUGCAAACGAUGCAGGUACAGUCACCCCAGAAGCCCAAGAAGGUGCCAUGGCAGCCUUGGCCAAAGUCUGUGAAGACAACAAGAAAGCACUGGACAAGGACUAUGGUGGACAACGACCUCUCAGCUUCAUCAUACCCAAACUUAUCGAAUUCACCGCCAGCGACAAACCUAAAAUCCGCUCCUUAGCCCUCGGCAGCAUCAAUGUGUUCAUCCCUCAAAAGCCACAAGCCCUCCUCGGCAAUUUGGACACGCUUCUCAAUUGUCUUUUCCAGCUUGCCAACGACCCAUCCUCAGAUGUGCGACGUCAAGUAUGCAGAGCUUUCGUGCAGAUAGUUGAGAUUCGGCCAGACAAGAUUCUGCCGCACAUCGAAGGCUUGGUGGACUACAUGAUUGCCCAACAACGAAAAAUUGAGGACGAAGAAUUGGCUUGCGACGCAGCUGAGUUCUGGUUAACGGUCGGAGAGCACAGCGAACUAUGGCAAUCUUUAGGGCCGUACCUUAACAAGAUCAUCCCCGUUCUCUUGGAGAGUAUGGUAUAUAGCGAAGAAGAUAUUGCCAUGCUCGAAGGCGGUGCAGACGAUGCAGAAGAGGAUGAUCGUAUUCAAGACAUCAAGCCAAAGUUUGCUACGAGCAAGACUGCUCGACUCACAAAUGGCGAGGAUGCCACAGAAAGCAGCCCAAAUGGCGGCUAUGUGAAAGUAGGCGGCCCUGAAGAGGAUGAUUUAGAUGAAGGAGAGAUUGAGGAAUUCGAUGAUGAUGACGACGAUGCAAAUCCCGAGGACAGAUGGAACUUGCGAAAAUGCUCUGCAGCUGCACUGGAUGUCUUCGCCACCGACUUCAAGAAUCCUGUCUUUGAGACUAUCCUGCCAUACUUGAUGACGAAUUUGAAGCAUGAGGAAUGGCCUUACCGAGAAGCUGCUGUACUCGCCUUGGGAGCUGUUGCAGAAGGUUGUAUGGCUGUUGUAACACCACAUCUGCCAGAGCUGGUACCGUAUCUGAUUUCAUUGCUCUCCGAUCCUGAGCCUCUUGUUCGUCAAAUUACUUGUUGGACGUUGGGCAGAUAUUCCGCCUGGGGCGCGAGUCUGAACACUCCUGCUCUUCGAGCUCAGUUCUUCGAACCUAUGAUGGAAGGCAUUCUCAUGAAGAUGCUGGACUCCAAUAAAAGGGUACAAGAGGCAGGCGCGUCCGCGUUUGCUCACCUGGAAGAGAAAGCUGGAGCUUCUAUUACCCCAUAUUGUGCGCCAAUCAUACGCCAAUUUGUCCAGUGUUUCGAGAAGUACAAAGACAGGAAUAUGUUCAUUCUGUACGACUGUGUCCAAACACUAGCAGAACAUGUCGGACAUGGGUUAGCUCAACAAGAGCUCAUCGACACAUUGAUGCCAGCACUCAUCAAUCGAUGGCACAGGGUCUCUGACCAGUCGCGAGAGUUGUUCCCUCUCCUGGAGUGUCUGUCUUACGUUGCCACCGCUUUGUCGGAAUCAUUCGCUCCAUUCGCUCAACCCGUUUUCGUGAGAUGCAUUAGGAUCAUCCACCAGAACUUGGAAGAGUACAUUGCAGCAGUUAACAAUCCAAUUUUAGAUACUCCUGACAAGGAUUUUCUCAUCACAAGCUUGGACCUCCUUAGCGCUAUCAUUCAGGCGGUCGACGAGAAACAGUCCGCAGCUCUCGUAUCCGGCUCGCAUCCUAGCCUUUUUGAGCUACUUCAGUUCUGUAUGGAGGACCCAGAAAACGAGGUGCGCCAAUCAUCCUAUGCUCUGCUCGGAGACUGUGCAAAAUACGUCUUCCCGCAAUUAAAGCCGUUCUUGCCUGCCUUGCUGCCCGUCCUCAUUAAGCAACUUGACUUGGAUGCCAUCCUAGAUGAGCAGAUUGAGGAGAACUUCAGCGUGGUCAAUAAUGCAUGCUGGUCUGCAGGUGAGACCUCAAUCCAGUAUGGCAAGGGCAUGGAGCCAUACGUUCCUCAGUUGCUUUCCCGGUACUUGGAGAUAUUGAGUAACCCCGAGGUACCAAAAUCUGUCAACGAAAAUGUAGCCAUAGCUCUGGGCCGACUAUGUCUCGAGAAUCAUGCGGUUAUGGCACCACACAUACUCACAUUCUCGGAGCCGUUUCUGAAGUCCAUCAGCACGGUUGACUAUACGAUCGAGAAAGCAUCUGCUUUCAAAGGCUUCUGUCUUGUCGUGCUAGAUAAUCCUUCAGCAAUGGAGAAAGAUCUGGCGAGAUUGUUCACGGCGAUUGCGAGGUACAAGAUGGAAGAGAGCUACAAGACGCCUCUGACGGCGGAUCUGCAGAAACUCUUCCAGCAUACCCUCGACGUUUACAAGUCGAUGACAGACAUCAACGCCUUCCUCGCCUCUUCAGUUUCACCAACUGAUGUCAGCCUCCUCCGCACGAAUUUCACUUUGUAG